CUCCUCUCCUACGACAUCGAGUCUCUGCUGGGCUCCGUCUCCCUCCUUCCUCGUCUGUCUGUCGCAUUUCAGCGCCACAGCAGAGCACAGAGAAGACCCCCGGGGGUCGAAGGUUUCUGCCCUUUCCACCUCUCCGGCCGCCCCCCAGCCCCGAAAACACCGCGCUCACCACCACCACCGUCCGCCCUGCACGCUCCAGCGGACCCGGGAGCUGGAUCAGGGGAAAGGGGUCGUUUUUAAGGGGGAAAAGCCAAAACAUCUCGCUGCGUGGGGAAGAAGAAGGAGGAGGAGGAGGAGGAGAAGAAAGCGAGGCACAAAAGCAGCGGUGAGCACGUGGCUCAGGUGAGGUGAGUGCGGCGGGCGUUGGAGGAUGCCUGCAGCCCCGGACAGACCUGCUGCUCACUGACCUGCCCAUGCCCCAGCCAGCGGAGCCAUGGCACGCAAAGGCUCCUCCCAGGGGAAGGUGACCAUCUCUGUGGAUGAGUACAGCUCCAAUCCCACCCAGGCCUUCACACACUACAACAUCAACCAGAGCCGCUUCCAGCCCCCCCACGUACACAUGGUGGAACCCAUUCCUUACGAUGCUCCUAAGCCAGCGGGUCACACACGUUUUGUCUGCGUCUCGGAUACACACUCCAGAACAGAUGGCAUCCACAUGCCGUACGGUGACGUCCUGCUCCACACGGGUGACUUCACCGAGCUGGGGCUGCCGUCUGAGGUGAAGAAAUUUAACGACUGGUUAGGCUCUCUCCCCUACGAAUACAAAGUGGUCAUUGCUGGGAACCACGAGCUGACGUUCGAUAAGGACUUCAUGUCUGAACUGGUCAAGCAGGACUACUAUCGCUUCCCCUCCGUGUCCAAACUGCAGCCCGAGGACUUUGAUAAUGUUCAGUCACUCCUUACGAACUGCAUCUACCUGCAGGACUCCGAGGUCAUGGUCAAAGGAUUCAGGAUAUACGGGACCCCGUGGACGCCCUGGUUUAAUGGAUGGGGUUUUAACUUGCCUCGUGGUCAGUCUCUGCUAGACAAGUGGAACCAGAUCCCUGAGGACAUAGACAUCCUUAUGACCCACGGGCCUCCUUUGGGGUUCAGAGACUGGGUACCCAAGGAGCUCCAGAGAGUCGGCUGUGUGGAGCUGCUCAACACGGUACAGAGGCGGGUCCGACCCAAGCUCCACGUCUACGGGGGGAUUCAUGAAGGGUAUGGUUUAAUGACAGAUGGGUAUACGACAUUCAUCAACUCCUCGACGUGUACAGUCAGUUUCCAGCCUACAAACCCGCCAAUCGUAUUCGACCUUCCCAACCCCGGAAGCUCUUGAAAUUCCCCUGGAAUUUGCCACUUUUUUUCUACUUUACAACUCUUCUUAACUUUAAAGUAAUGGUCCUUUUGUACUGCCUGUAUUUAAUAAAAAAAACAAUGAAUGCAUGAAUAUGUAAUAUUUUUAAAGAUUUAAGAUCAUGCCAUUUGAAUAAUGAUUUGCUGGAAAAGGAAAAAAAAUGUGAAUUCAUAUUUAUGGUUCAUUUUUGUAUUGGUUGCCUUGUUAAACUCCUUUUAGCCUGUAUAUGAAAGUGCAUUAUAAAGGUACCCUGAAUGGCUCAGCAAUACUUGACUGUUUCUGUACUUCGCUGUGCAUUCUGCUUAAUAAACCCAGUGCAGGAUCAGUUAUUUAAAGCUGUAGUUUCGGUCCUGUGCAGUUUUAGAGCUGGAACCAGUGUGAUUUUUUAUUUUUUUUAUUUGAGGAUUUGCAUAGCUGAAAUCUCUCAACGCCCAAGUCUCUACAUGGGUGAAUAUAUAUAUUUAUUGUGCAAUUAAACACAUUGCUUUUAUUAUGUCAAAAGAAUGCAUCUUGUUUAUAAAGCAAGCAUUGCAGCACCCUCUAAAGUGUUUAUUCCCACUGUACAUGUGGAGGACAAAUUGAUUAAGUGACAAGGUACUUUAUGAGUGAUUUAGGGUUAUGGACUUGUUUGAAUGGAGCAGUUUCUGUUGCCAUUUUAUUUCUGUGGUGCUUGUAGUGUGUCAUAGCAGUGCAGUGGGUGUGGCAUUUUCAUUCCAGUCAGACAUCCAGUGAGAUUAGACUUCAGUGAUAAAAAAUAAAGGUGCUACAAACUGGUUCUAAUAGAAGAAUUGCUUUUAGUCUUUUAUUGAAGUUUGAUUCUUAUAAUUAACUCAUCUCUUAAAAACAAAUCAUUCUGUAUAGAACCAGAAAUUAUUAUUAUUAUAUUGCAUCACUCAGAGUACCAUUUGUAGUACCUGUAUUUUAAAGAGUGAGGAACACAGCGAUUUUCUACCAAGCUCCAACUCCAUGUGUUAAUUUGACAAUUUUAAGUUGAAGGAGAUGAAGCAGUUAUGUGGAUAUGAUUUAAUUUCCCUGAAUCCAAUUUGGUGGACUUUUACUUUGGGUCAUAAUUAAUGUGUUUGUUGUAUUUUGCACUGUUUGGAGCUGCAAUCUUGCUAGCGCACACAGAAAAAAAGCUAUUAAAUUGCCAUGAGAUCAUUGGUGCCAUUGUAAAUGCUUUGUUUCCAUGUCAUUGACUUUUUUUAUUCAUUGUGUCAUUUAGCCAACUUUAUAUGCAAAUAAAACCACAAGAUUUUUA